GUCGACCGUUGCCUGUUAUCGAGGGUUGGAGCGGACCUUGCGCGCGCCGGUUAUCUGCCCGGCGACCGAGUGGAAGGGGUCGUCGUGCGCAUGCGUCGGUCGUGCGCCGAAAGAUGGCGGCGGCUGUGAAGAGCCGAGUUUCCCUCAGGCGCCCGGCGGCGGCGGCUUCACGCGCAUGUUGCGGCCGUUUUUCCUCCUCGUCCCCCGGGGAUUCCCCUCGCGGCGGAGGGACUGAGGCCGGGGGUGUAUCUCCGCCCCACGAAAGCCGGGCUGCAAGUUUUUGCCCUCCUUCACACUCUUGCCACGAUUGGAUUGGUCCUCCUGAUCGAUGUUCAAACCUCCGACCAGUAAUAUUUUAUAUAUCCAAACACGAAUCCCCAUUGGAACGAAGGCUUAGAGAGCUUAGACAGGAAACUCAGGUUUGGAAUCAACAGUUCUGGGCAGACCAGAAUAUAUCAUUUAGAAAGGAAAAAGAAGAAUUUGUCUAUUCCAAAUUGAAAGCCAAAGGUCUACAACUGAGAGAUGAAAAAGGCCAGAAAAUAACAUUGUCUGCAGAAGAAAUGGCUGAAUUUUACAAAGCCUUUUUAAGUAAAAACUUUAAAAAACAUUUCUAUUAUAACAGAGAUUGGUAUAAACGAAAUUUUACCAUCACAUUUCUCAUGGGACAAGUGGCAUUUGAGAAAGCUUGCAAGAGAUUUGGAUUGAAAAAGAGUGAAGCUGAAAGCUAGUAGGUCACAGUGCUGUAUAUAUUUGAUGAAAGGCCUAAUUAUUACUGGAAUCUAAGUGGCAACCAUGGCUGUUUCUUAAAAUCAGAUAUUUGAAGCUACAUGAAUGCAAGUUGAACAGCACUUCCCAUUCUGCUUCAACGAAGCCAACUACCAUUGUUUACUACAGAACCGUAGUUAAAAGCUUCCUUGGUGAGAGAUGAACUGCACCAAAUAAAGGAAUCUUUCUUCCUGAUGUGAAAAAUA